AUGAAGACAAGCACUUCGAAAGAGAAAUUAUGCGCAGAAGAUUCGCGACUAAUGUACAAUAAGCUCAUCAACUCACAAAAGACGAACUUUGAUAUCGGCGCGAUAGGUAAAACUGAUUUUUUGUUCUUUUUUGAAGAAUUGGUUUUUAUAGGUAUGAUGCAUUUGGUGGAUGAAAUUGAUCGUCUCCGGAAACUGUGGAAGGAGGCGGAAGAAAGCAGGCAGCAGGCGGUUCUGGAAACAAGGAAAAUGGAAGAAGCACUCGCGUAAAACCAAUUUUUAUAAGAACUCUUUUUAGUUGUACAUUUUGUUGCAGAAAAGCUCGAAAAGAGCUCACAAUGUCCGAUAUCGACGUGAAGGAUCACAAAAAGCACUUGCGUGCGAUGAUGGAAGAGAACAAGGCGCUGAAGUUGGAUUUGAAUGUUUAUGAGACCCGCGAAAAGCAGCUGAAGGAGGCGGUGAAGAACGGAGUGUUCGACAGUCUCACCAAAGAAGACCGCGAUCAGUUUGCCUUUCUCCGGGAGCCGCUUCGCCGCAAUCACUCGCAACGAGUCCACCAGAGAUAUCCGCAUCUGAUGGAGGAGACGCAGGAGGAGGAGGACGACAGUGAGGUGGAUUACGACGAGACGGGCGACUCGUUCGAGGAUGUGAUACCGUUGAGGAACGGAAGAGAGGUCCGACGGUCCGGAAACCACGCGGCGAAACGGAGGAGUGCUUCUGCGCACGCUCCUGCCGUUGCGGUCAACUCGAAACGAAGCAGAAGUCGAGUCAUGGCACCGACCAUAGAUGAAGAGCCGGUAAUUGGUGAUAUUCCACGAAAUCAUAUUCUUUGAUUAGUUCCAGCACGAAGGAGGGACUCCGCCGAAGCGAUGUCGCGACGACGGAGGCCAUCCGGAGAUGACGACGACCACAACGACGACGACGACAACGAUACAGAACGCGCGUCAGGCGGCCACCUCCUUGCCGCGCAAAAUGUCGCGUCGCAGUCUCAGCUGCGGAAGUAUCCCGUCGUGCGAUCAGACGCCCGGCAUGCAAACGACGACCAACAACGUCGGAAUGGUGUCGGCGAUUCUGACUAAGAGCACGCUGGACGUUCGCUCGAUGAACAAACGGACGCCCGCGUGGACGGACGGCACCGUGCAAGAGAUUGCGCACAGGCCGCACACGUUCGUGGAGGCCGGAAUAAAAGCUGUUAGUUGGCGGCGCGGUGUAUUUUCCGCGGUAGAUGAACACUGAAGAUCAUUCUUGACCGUUAGCAGACAAAAUUAGUUUUCAAAAUCAUCAAUUUCGUACAUACAAGCAUUCUGAGCGUUCGAGCAACUGAAACUUUUGAGAAACACACGCAAUUUGCGUUUAAAAUUUAAAUUUUGCUCCAAAAUGUCGCGUUGUGCGUAGAAGCGCGCUUGCGGCAAGGGGAAACAUCGCAGGCGUAGAUCUUACAGAUGCGAAAGUGCGACAAGUGCGGAACUUCGCUGAUUCUGACCAACUCGUGGAAGUGCAAGGACUGCCAUCAGGUGGUGCACAAGAGCUGUUGCAAGUGAGCUUGUUUCCACGAGUAUUUGAGCUCAAUUUGAUCGUUUCCAGCAAGCUCCAUCUGCCGUGCAUACCUCGCCCGAAGAACCUGAUGACUCCGAAGUCGACGAGUCGCAAUCAGAAGCUCGAGUACCGGCUCCAGGACUUUUGCACGCUCGCCAAGCCGAUGAUCCCCUCGGCGGUCAUCCAUUGCGUCGUGGCCUUGGAAGCGCACGGCCUCGGCCAGGAGGGUCUUUACCGAGUGCCCGGGCCCAUCCGAACGGUCACCGCGCUGCUCGAUGAGCUCCGUUCAAAGACGGUGCCGAAUGUGAGCCUUCAAGACGUCGAGGUAGUCACCGAGACCCUCAAACGCUUCCUACGGGAACUCCGCGACCCCCUGGUGCCUCGAACGUCCCGCCAGGAAUUCAUCGCCGCCGCGACAAUGUUCGCGACGGACCCGGACGAUGGACGACUCGCUCUGAACAAGGCGAUCUGCGAACUGCCGCACGCGAAUCGCGACACGAUGUCCUAUCUUUUUGUGCAUUGGCGGAAGGUCAUAUCGCACUCGGACCGCAACAAAAUGACCGCGGAGAACAUGGCGAGAGUGCUGGCGCCGUGCGUGAUGGGACUUCCGAAGGUGACGCAGCCGUCGGUGAAUCGCGACGUUCGGGACUGCGAGAGGACGUUGAUGGCGUUGUUCUCGUUCGACGAUGUCAGUUCAUUGCCCUCUUUCCCGCAAUCCACUCUUCUUCUUUUCAGAUCUACUGGCAACGUUUCCUGGGCACAUCGGCCGCCGCCCUCGCCGCCACCGCCCAUCCCAUCGAGUCGAUCCGUCAGGAACGUGUGGCCCUGUGCGAUCGGAGCAUCCUCGGACCGGUCUCCAAGUCGCCGGGCACCCCACUGAUCGCCCGACCCGCACAAAUGACCCGCCAACGUGGCGCCAAUAUACUCGGAUCAAUGCGCGACGAAUAA